AUGCCUUCGUAUUACACGGUUGUCUCGAUCCUGCUUGUCCUGGCGGUGGCGAUGACUGGCAUUCGUGGUCUGGCGGAAUCCGACUUCAACGCAGGAAGCGGUUUAGCUGCCCAGCUGGUUUUGGCCGCCAUAAUCCCCCGCUCAAACCCUAAUAGCGUGAUGAUCAAUAUCCUAUCUGCUGCAAUCGCAAAUGGAGGUGCUAACCAGGCCGGCGAUCUUGCCUUUGACUUGAAGAUAGGGCAACUCAUCGGUGCGCCAUCAGAAGUCCAGACCUACGGCCAGAUAAUAGGAUCGAUUUUCGGCGCGCUUGUCUCUUGCUUCACGUAUAGACUGUUCACCAACCGAUUCCCGGUUCCAGGAGACUUCAUCCAGGUACCAAACUCGUUCCUGCAACGGAGUUUCCUUUGCCAUUGGCAUAUCUACUCCGAGUUUUAG